AUGCUUCUCCUGAAACCGUUCUUGCUAUUUGUCUGGAUCUUGCCCGCCACGGUCCUUGGACGAAUUGAUCGGAAGAGUAUAGUGUCCAAGUACAAUGUCGUCCGGACGCAACUGAUCGACAAUGAGACCACUCCGCUGCAGGUCGGGAAUGGGGAUUUUGCCUUCAGUGUCGAUAAUACUGGGAUGCAGGCACGGCAACUAGCUUCCUUCCAUUCAACACGCUCUCAAGCUGGGGCUGGCAUAAUGACUCGCUCCCCACGAACGGGUAGGUUUUGUAUCUCCCUGAGACAUCCUCAUCUGACGAGCCCAAGAGAGCAGCUUGACGACUAUACUGGCGUUCCCAUGCUUACCCAUGGCCGAAACGUCUCCUACGAUAUUCCAGACUCUGAUCUCCCGGCAGUAUCCCAGUGGCUGAUUGGGAAUCCCAACCGCAUCAAUCUAGGACGGAUUGGACUCGGAUACAAGAAUGCCACCCUUCCAGCAGAGAAGAUCACGGACCCGUGGCAGGAACUCGAUCUGUGGAAUGGAGUCAUUAUUUCGACAUUCAAAAUAGACGAGAAACGUGUCAAAGUGGUCACGCAGGGAGAUUUCAAGUCAGACGCCGUGGCCUUUGAAAUUGAGUCUGAUUUGAUUGAGACUGGUGAUUUGACUGUCCAGCUCGAUUUCCCAUAUCCGCCUAUCCACUCCACAAAAUACAAGUAUGAGGUUUUCGUUGGAGCCUAUGAUUUCCCGGACAACCAUACGACCUCCCUUCUCCCGUACCGCCAAAAGAACGCAGCGUAUAUCUAUCACGAACUGCAAGAAACAAGCUAUUUUGUGAGUCUCCGCUGGCCGAACUCCUCACCCCUGCACCUCGCCCAACCUCAGAAUGCAACGGGUCCAGCAAAACACAGAUACACACUCCAACCGCGUUCCAAGACAUCAACCCUCUCCUUCUCUGCCCUCUUUUCGCCGGAGAAAUCCUCACCGGCGCUCCCAUCCACAAUCCGCCGGCGCAACAGGCUCGCCUGGAACAACUACUGGCAGACGGGUGGCUUCGUCGAUCUAACCUCCUCCUCUAACGCAGCCGCAAAUGAGCUACAGCGACGAAUCAUUCUCUCGCAGUACCAUGUCCGUGUGAACAGUGCGGCGACGGCUCAGUCUCCGCAGGAGAGCGGGCUGAUGAACAAUGGGUGGUAUGGCAAGUUCCAUAUGGAGAUGGUUGUCUGGCACAACGCGCAUUGGGUGACUUGGGGACGGAAGGAAUUCUUCGAUGCCAUCUUUCCAGCGCUGUAUGAGCGCUUGCUUCCUUCUUCGAUUGAACGGGCACAGAAAAUGGGGUGGGAUGGGGCGAGGUAUCCGCAUUCCCGCGCCCUAUACUGCAAAAUGCUGACUCCUUCGCCUGGAGGGAUCAAUGGCCUUCUGCUGUGGCAACAGCUACGGUCAGAAACACUAAUCUCGACAGCCUCACCCAAUGUACCUCGCCAAACUCGCCUACAAAGCCUCUCCGACACGCAAGACACUGGAGAAAUGGGAUCGCGUAAUAACGGCUACAGCGGAUUACUUGGUUUCGUACGCAUGGGCAAACAAGAGUUCAGGAUAGCAUACUGGCGGUACGCACUCGAUGUGGCAAUCUUCUGGAAAACAACGCUAGACAAACCGGUCCCAUCCAAAUGGAAGACCGUUGCUACCAGACUCGCACCGCCUCCCAUAGUCGACGGCCUUUACGCCGUGUACGAAGGGCUGGAUAGUUCCUGGUGGAAUGACAUCUCCCUGACCGACGAUCCACGGAGCCUGAUCAUGCUCCAGGGGAUAUUGCCGGAUACACCCGCCGUGGACUUUGAGAUCGCGAAGAGAACGGCGGAUAAGAUUGAUGAGAUUUGGAAGGAUGAGGAUGUCAGGGGAUGGGGGAGGGUUGUCCUCUCAAUCAAUUCUGCACGCAUUGGAGAACGAGAGCGGGCGAUACGGCAUCUGACGAGCGAAAGAUGGGUUUUUGAUGAUGCAGGUAUGGCUUCUUAUAAUUUUGUCGCUGUUAUUCGUGAAGGGGGGACGCCACCGCCGUUCAUGCCUGGGAAUGCAGGGUAUCUGCUUGCAAUUGCGUAUAUGGCUGCUGGCUGGGAAGGGUCUGAAGGACAUGCUCCCGGGUUUCCUGAGGAUGGAAGUUGGGUGGUUAAGCAUGAGGGGCUCUUAAGAGCAUUGUAA